ACUAGUGACGACCAUCCCAGCUGGUUGGUGACCGACCGGUAGAUGUGUGUCUUAACGUCUCUGUUUAUGAUUAAAUAACAUCCACUUUUGACGUUGUAUGCAUUAAUGCAAGUGAAAACAGCGCGGGACCGCAUCCGUCCUGUCGGGAAAACCGAUUAGUUAGCUUUUUACAAAUAAUAAUUCCUCGUUUUGGUUAUCCAGUUGAUCAGACGUGUCAGUCUUGUUGAUUUUUUUUAUUUUUAUCUCGAUAGCUGGCUGGCCAUUUUCAGAUAAAGAAGGGCGAUCAACGUGGAUUAACUGGACCAGUUACCUACAGUACGAUGAGUACCUUGGAUUCUGUGGAUCGAGUUGAGCUGUGCGAGAGCCUUUUGACAUGGAUCCAGACGUUUGGAUUGGAGGCACCAUGCAAAACAGUGGACGAUCUCACAAGUGGAGUUGUCAUGGCCCAGGCCCUACAGAAAAUAGACAUCGUGUAUUUCACUGACAACUGGAUCAGUAGGAUCAAGCCUGAGGUGGGAGAUAACUGGCGGCUAAAGAUCAGUAAUCUAAAGAAGGUGUUGAAAGGUAUACUGGACUACAACCAGGAAGUCCUUCAACAGCAGAUCAAUGACUUCACCCUGCCAGACAUCAACCUGAUUGGAGAACACUCAGACGCUGCAGAGCUGGGCAGGAUGCUGCAACUCAUACUAGGCUGUGCUGUCAACUGUGAGCAGAAACAAGAGAACAUCCAGACCAUAAUGAUGCUGGAGGAAUCUGUUCAACAUGUUGUCAUGACAGCCAUUCAAGAGCUGAUGAGCAAAGAGUGCCCAGUUAUUGGAGGAAAUGAAUCAUACGCUGACAUCGAUAGACAGCUGAAGAAGACCGUGGAGGAUCUGAACGACGCUCUAGUCACCAAGGAGGAGAUCGCACAGAGAUGUCACGAGCUGGACAUGCAGGUGGCAGCGCUACAGGAGGAGAGGGGUAGUCUCCUGGCUGAGAACCAGAUCCUCAUGGAGCGUCUCAACCAGUCUGACUCCAUAGAAGACCUGAACAGCCCUGUAGGACGUAGACACCUGCAGCUGCAGACACAGCUAGAACAUCUCCAGGAGGAGACAUUCAGAAUGGAGGCAGCGAAGGAUGACUAUCGUAUCCACUGUAGGGAGUUAGAGAAGGAGCUGACAGAGCUGAGAGGACAGAAUGAAGAGCUCACAUCCCUGGCUGACGAGGCCCAGACACUGAAGGACGAAAUGGAUGUACUCAGACACUCGUCAGACAAGGUGUCCAAGCUGGAGGUCAUGGUGGAGUCGUAUAAGAAGAAGCUGGAGGACCUGGGAGAUCUGAGGAGACAGGUCAAGCUGUUGGAGGAGAAGAACACUCUGUACAUGCAGAACACUGUCAGCCUGGAGGAAGAAGUACGCAAGGCCAACACCACGAGAGGACAGCUGGAGUCCUACAAGAGACAGGUGGUAGAGCUGCAGAACAAGCUGUCUGAGGAGUCUAAAAAGACAGACAAGAUGGAGUUUGAAUACAAGAGACUCAAGGAGAAGGUGGACUCUCUCCAGAAAGAAAAGGAUCGUAUGAGGUCAGAGAGAGACUCUUUGAAGGAGACCAUUGAGGAGCUGCGUUGUGUUAAGGCUCAGAAGGAACAACUCUCUACAGGCAUGGUUCCACUCGGCAGUAACGAGGGCUCUGAUUCGCUGGCUGAAGAGAUCAUCACCCCAGAGAUCCGAGAGAAGCUGAUCAGACUGCAGCAUGAGAACAACAUGCUGAAGCUGGCCCAGGAGGGUUCUGAUAAUGAGAAGAUCGCUCUGCUGCAGAGUUUACUGGAGGACGCUAACAGUAGGAAGAACGAACUGGAGACCGAGAACAGACUGGUGAACCAGAGACUGAUCGAGGGUCAGAGUCAGGUGGAGGAGCUGCAGAGGAGUCUUCAGGAACAGGGCUCCAAAGCAGAGGAUUCAAUCAUUCUGAAGAAGAAGAACGAUGUGCACAUGGAGAAGUUACGGGAAGUGAACAGCGAACUGCAGAAGAAGUGUGCGUACAUUGAUGACUUGGAACCCAAAUACACAUCUAGCUCCCAGAAAGUGGAGGAGCUGAAGGAGGCACUGAAGAAGAAGGAUGAAGACAUGAAGCUGAUGGAAGACCGAUAUAAGAAGUACCUGGAGAAAGCGAAGAGUGUUAUCCGGACCCUGGACCCUAAACAGAACCAGGGCUCGGCACCAGAGGUCCAGGCCUUGAAGAACCAGCUGCAGGAGAAGGAGAGGAUGCUGCACUCUCUGGAGAAAGACUACGACAAGACCAAGGCUCAGAGAGACCAGGAGGAGAAACUCAUAGUGUCUGCCUGGUACAACAUGGGCAUGGCUCUACAGAAGAAGGCAGCAGAGGACCGUCUGGCCAGUACGGGCUCAGGACAGUCCUUCCUGGCCCGCCAGAGACAGGCUACCAGCACACGUCGUUCUUAUCCCGGACACGUACAGCCUACCACCGCCAGGUAGACACGGCACCAUGACCCCUACCUGACCCUGAGCCCUGUCCUGACCCUCCAGGCCAGGUAGACACGGCACCAUGACCCCUACCUGACCCUGAGCCCUGUCCUGACCCUCCAGGCCAGGUAGACACGUCACCAUGACCCCUACCUGACCCUGAGCCCUGUCCUGACCCUCCAGGCCAGGUAGACACGGCACCAUGACCCCUACCUGACCCUGAGCCCUGUCCUGACCCUCCAGGCCAGGUAGACACGUCACCAUGACCCCUACCUGACCCUGAGCCCUGAGUCCUGACCCUCCAGGCCAGGUAGACACGGCACCAGGACCCCUACCUGACCCUAUACCCUGUCCUGACCCUCCAGGCCAGGUAGCCUCGGCAACAACUGACCCCAGCCCCGGAACUCUCCAGUUAUCCACCAGACAGACGCUACUCUGUAACGGGCAUCUGCUCUGCCAAGCAAUCCAGACACCUCAGGAUGGAUUAAAUCUCUCCUGUACCGUGCCGCUGUUCUCUGUCUUCUUCAGUUCAGGAUGGAUGAGUUGGUCUACCUGGAUCUUUAACUGACAGUAUUAUUAUUAUGCACAUUUCUCUAAAACAUGUUACCGCUCUGUUACCGCUCUGUUACCGCUCUGUUACCGCUCUGUUACCGUUCUGUUACCGCUCUGUUACCGCUCUGUUACCGCUCUGUUACCGCUCUGUUACCGCUCUGUUACCGCUCUGUUACCGCUCUGUUACGCUCUGUUACCGUUCUGUUACCGUUCUGUUACCGCUCUGUUACCGCUCUGUUACCGCUCUGUUCCCGUUCUGUUCCCGUUCUGUUCCCGUUCUGUUCCUGUUCUGUUCCCGUUCUGUUCCCGUUCUGUUCCCGUUCUGUUCCUGUUCUGUUCCCGUUCUGUUCCCGUUCUGUUCCCGUUCUGUUCCCGUUCUGUUACCGUUCUGUUCCUGUUCUGUUCCCGUUCUGUUCCCGUUCUGUUCCUGUUCUGUUCCUGUUCUGUUCCCGUUCUGUUCCCGUUCUGUUCCCGUUCUGUUCCUGUUCUGUUCCUGUUCUGUCAGGAAUCCUCUCUCUAAUAACAACUCAUUUCUUUUCUAACACAAUGUUGUGAGCAGAGAUGCAGUUUUCACAAAGCGGAUUGAUCUUUUUUAUUUUAUCUUAAUGGUUCUAAAAUCGGAGGAUAUUUUCGUAUCUUGAUCUGAUGUUUACAGAACGUGAUGUAAUGCCGUGCAGUCAGUGACUGUCAGGACAUGUAUAGUACCAGAGGAGGGAUGUGGUCUCUGAGUUGGUCUCUUUAGGUGUCCUUUUAUGUGUGUUGAGUAACGCUGUUCGUUUCGUUUGUCUGUGUUAGACGGUCUUGUUGUUGCCUGUAGUGGGAGAUUUGAAAGGUUAGUUGUAUAGGGAGUCCUCUAGCCUGUUGGCAGUGUAUUUAGCUGUAGAAGAUAUUCCACAAGUGUCCCCGGGUGUUUUAGACAAGGCCUUUCUUCAUCGUCAUCAUCAUCAUCAGAAAUGUUAACAGUAGAAAGCUUCCUAUUCUAAUGGACUGGUUUCUAAAAUCAAACAAUUUUUUAAUUGGCUUAAUUAUUAAGGAUCCUGAAAUGAGGUCCUCUUCCCCUCUGUCGUCCGCUCAUAUCAGCCAGCGGGUCAUUAUUGAUUAUUGGAGCCGGCGAUUUACCGAUCAAGAAUCUCUCUCCCGUGUCCUCCUGCGUUGUUUCAGGGAAUUCCACAAACGGUCCUUCCCUCUUUUGUCCUGUGACUGCUGUGUGAACGAAACGGUCCUUCGUUCAUAUUUCAGUGUGUCGUGCUCCAGCUGCUCUCUAAACGGUCCAUGUUAAAGUCAGUGGUCGUAUCUGACUGUAUCUUAACAGAUGGAAAUGAUCAUUUUGAAAGUAUCGGAAAAAAAAUAGUUUUUGAAAUACAAAACGUGAACUCGUAAAAGAACCACUGCUGCCACGAGGACGUGGAUUAUAACAUAUGAAAUUGAUCUUUGGGGUUUAAACGUGGGGCGUAUUUCCUGUUCUCACUGCGCUACGCCUUUACGUCUGGGACGGCGCGUCGUGUCAUUCCUGAAAAGCAGUUUGUGCGCAGGGCCCCAGAGGUGCGCAGGGCCCCAGAGGUGCGCAGGGCCCCAGAGGUGCGCAGGGCCCCAGAGGUGCGCAGGGCCCCAGAGGUGCGCAGGGCCCCAGAGGUGAGCAGGGCCCCAGAGGUGAGCAGCUAACAGAGAAAGUUAUUUCUGAUUUUAGGUUCGGACAGAUGCUAAAUGAAAGAAAAAAAAACAUGUAUUUUUUUUAAAGUGUUUUUUAAAAAUGUUUUGUUUUAACUUUCUCAACUCUACUUCGCUAGUUCAUUAAUCGUUUCAUCCUCUACCUAUCAUUUUGAAACCUUCAGGACUUGACUGUCCUGUCUCUGCCUGGUCAUAUUAUCUCUGACUGGUCAUAUUGUCUCUGCCCUGUCUCUGCCUGGUCAUAUUAUCUCUGACUGGUCAUAUUGUCUCUGCCCUGUCUCUGCCUGGUCAUAUUAUCUCUGACUGGUCAUAUUGUCUCUGCCCUGUCUCUGCCUGGUCAUAUUAUCUCUGACUGGUCAUAUUGUCUCUGCCCUGUCUCUGCCUGGUCAUAUUAUCUCUGACUGGUCAUAUUGUCUCUGCCCUGUCUCUGCCUGGUCAUAUUGUCUCUUCCCUGUCUCUGCCUGGUCAUAUUGUCUCUGCCCUGUCUCUGCCUGGUCAUAUUGUCUCUGCCCUGUCUCUGCCUGGUCAUAUUGUCUCUGCCCUGUCUCUGACUGGUCAUAUUGUCUCUGACUGGUCAUAUUGUCUCUGCCCUGUCUCUGCCUGGUCAUAUUGUCUCUGCCCUGUCUCUGACUGGUCAUAUUGUCUCUGUCUGGUCAUAUUGUCUCUGCCCUGUCUCUGCCUGGUCAUAUUGUCUCUGCCCUGUCUCUGCCUGGUCAUAUUGUCUCUGCCCUGUCUCUGACUGGUCAUAUUGUCUCUGACUGGUCAUAUUGUCUCUGACUGGUCAUAUUGUCUCUGACACUACCAGACACAACAGGCUCUAGUGGGGUUGGGGAGCUGGGGCUGCUAGGAAGUCUCUCUCUCUAAAUGGUAGACUAGUGGGAGAAGUCCUCUCUCUGUCUCUCUGUCUCUCUGUCUCUGUCUCUCUCUCUGGUAGAUUAGUGGGAGAAGUCCUCUCUCUCUGGUUGUAUUAAAUGAGAGAGGAUAACCUGUCUAACCUUUUAUAAAGCUAGUAGGCUGAUUUGAUAUGAAACACUUUUCCCCAAAAGCCUUUUUGAAGCGAUGUCCUAUGUCAUGUUCAUCAUGCACCAAAAUGGACAGAAACAGGGAGUACUAUUUGCCUUUUUGUGUUGCACAAUGUUUUUGAAACGUAUGUGCCCUAAUGAACAUGACCCAGGCGUGGCGCCAGGCAGCAAGUCAACAAGGAUGUUAUGAACGUGUUAAAGGGGCUUUUACCUCAAGUGUCAGUGUAAAACCAGUGUGAGGAAGAGACGGUUUAGGGGCUGUAGUAGUCUACACGUGUCUCUCUGCUGCUGAAGAGACGGUUUAGGGGCUGUAGUAGUGUAGAUCCUGAUUCUGAUGUCUUUUUUUAAUUAAAGUUUUCACAUAAUAACAAAAAUAUAUUUGUCCAUCUUAUUAUGCAACUGAUGAACUUUGUUUGACUCUUCUUGUGUGAAAGACUGGUCUCCUGACGUGUGUUGAUAUGAUUGGUAGGGCAACGUUUCUCUUAACUGUCUGUCCUGUUUGGUUUUUGCACGUCUCCCGAUUAAACGUAAAACUACCCCACUGCAUCCCAAAUGGAACACUAUACCCUACGUAGUGUACUACUUUAGACCAGAGCCCUAUGGGGCCCUAUAUAGGGAAUAGGGUGCAGUUUGGAACUAAGAGCUAGUUUCAAAACCACUUGCCAUUAAUCAUGACAGAGGAGCUCUGGAAAAGUCUCCUAGCCUGGUCCCAGAUCAGUUAGUCUCCUAGCCUGGUCCCAGAUCAGUUAGUCUCCUAGCCUGGUCCCAGAUCAGUUAGUCUCCUAGCCUGGUCCCAGAUCAGUUAGUCUCCUCGCCUGGUCCCAGAUCAGUUAGUCUCCUAGCCUGGUCCCAGAUCAGUUAGUCUCCUAGCCUGGUCCCAGAUCAGUUAGUCUCCUAGCCUGGUCCCACAUCAGUUAGUCUCCUAGCCUGGUCCCACAUCAGUUAGUCUCCUCGCCUGGUCCCACAUCAGUUAGUCUCCUCGCCUGGUCCCAGAUCAGUUAGUCUCCUCGCCUGGUCCCAGAUCAGUUAGUCUCCUAGCCUGGUCCCACAUCAGUUAGUCUCCUAGCCUGGUCCCACAUCAGUUAGUCUCCUCGCCUGGUCCCAGAUCAGUUAGUCUCCUAGCCUGGUCCCACAUCAGUUAGUCUCCUAGCCUGGUCCCACAUCAGUUAGUCUCCUAGCCUGGUCCCAGAUCAGUUAGUCUCCUAGCCUGGUCCCACAUCAGUUAGUCUCCUAGCCUGGUCCCAGAUCAGUUAGUCUCCUAGCCUGGUCCCACAUCGGUUUGUGCUGUCUUGACAUGGAAACCGGAACUAUGCGACAAUAAACAUUUAUUGCCUGGUUAAACCAGACUGAAUGUUUCAAACAAUGGCGAUCAGCGUUCCAGUAUGGUUUAACCAGGCUAUAAUAAACCUCCUAGGACAAGAUAUUAGUUUCAUAAUAAUAAUAAUAGGCUUUUCAGUCAGAAUUUAUCAGCAGGUUUUUUGGUUACUGUAUUUUUAUUCAUAGGAAGAACACUUGUAUUUUACAUGAACUGAAUUACCAAAUAACCUUGUCCAUUUUCCAUGUGUUUAUAUUGAUGCUUGUAUACGAUAUGUACAGCACCGUAUGGGAGAAACAAACAGUGAAUGAGGAAGUCCGCGGUCAUUUGAGAAGAGAACAUGAUGUUUUUAAUCAGAUGGAUUUCACAGUUACCUGUCCUUGUAAAACUUGUUGAUAUGAUGCGAACAUGUACAGCUGGCGAGGAAGUUGUAAUAAAUAUUAUAUAAAACUAAA